UGAUAUAGACUACUCACAGUGAAGUUAUUUUUCAUUCUUCACUUAGGGGUCUUAGAGGUCUUAGACAGACAAUACAAACAAAUUUGUGUUUGUGUAUUGCUUGCACUUGUGAUACUGUAAAUAUGUACCGAUUUUAUUGUUUUGGAAAAAAAAGUGUUAAAACUCAACAUCCACUUUCCUGCAGAUUUUAGCUGCCUCCAACCCUGAUACAACUCACCUGCUUGUAGCUUUCUAGUAAUCUUGAAGACCUUGAUUAGCUUGCCUUGUUCAGAUAUGUUUAAUUAUUGUUGGAGACAAUAAUCGACAAAAGUGAAUUUUGAGGGCCAGAGUUGCCCACCUGUGGUAAAAUGUAUUGUAAUUUGCUUUGGACAAUAAACCGUUUGGAAAAUAUGGAAUAUAAUGUAGACUAUAAUUUGAGCUAAUAUAUACAUACGUGAUGCUCUGUGGAAAAUGUAGCUUUUAUUGUCUUUUUUUUUUUUUUUUUUUCACUUUGGUACUAUUUUCACAAGGUGUAUAUUAUCAAAACUCUUAAUACAAAACUCCAAACUGAUCACACUUGUAACACAGCUAGUCAUUCAUUCAAAACCUGAUCCAAUGCUUUCGUUACAGUUAUACACAUUUUCAGUUCACAUAAUCAUUGUUUCAAACACAAGAUUAUUGUAAUAUGUAGUAAAAACAUUUGGUUUAAUCACUGAAACACAACAGUAUGAUCUUUUUUUUAAUUUAGUACUUUUAACAAUCAGUUCAUUCGAUAGCAAACAAUGCUAGAUACAUGUUUCAAUCACAUUUGUUGCUGAAAUAAUUACAGUAAAACAGGCUAUAAAUGCCACAUUAGAAAAUACACUUACAUUACCUAACUUAUAUAAUUGAAUCCAUAAUGAUUGUAAUAGUAUCUAUCCAGUGUGUUAUCAAAAGGUGUGAUGAAGUAUGACAAGGCCAUGAGGUUUUGUGCUAGAACAGAGUUUGCUGGCAGAAAGUGUUUGUGCCAUAUGACUGAAUAUAUACUGUAGUUGACGUUUAUAAGGGUGAGUUAAAGUAAUGUGGCAUACAAUGAUACAAUGUGAUCUCUACCAUGGUAAUCUGUUUACAGUAUCACAUAGCAUACAUACUGUAAUGUAAAAUGUGAUGCCACCUGUCUUCCUUCUUCCGAUGCAUCUGUGAUCAGUACGAAAUUAUACAGUCAUUGACUUUACUCUUUUGUACUCUAUUUGUACUCCAUUGUACUGUACUCUAUAAUCCUGCUCUAUGUUCAUAUUCAUAAGUUGCAAAUCACUCUGUCUCACACACACUUUGUACAUAGUGGUUAUCUAAGAUAAUUUGCUUAUAAUGUAAAAAGAAUUCAUUACAUUUGGUUAUCCAUAUCGGAAAUUGCAAACAAAGUAGAACCUAUAUCUAUAGAAUCUGUAUCCAUAGAAAUCUAUAGAUGUACCUAAUGAUUUCAUUAACCUUUAAGAUCAGUUGGCUUAAAUACUAGACAAAUGUAUUAAACUGAAUGAAAAGAGAUUAAUAGUUUGAUAGUAAUAUCAUUAUAAAUGGCAGGUACUGUGAAUGAAAUGUUUAUUUAGAUAAAACACUUAUUUUGUGUUGUGAAAAGGAUACUUUGUGAUUUUGUGUAUUGUACUAACACAAUUGAAAACAAUGCUGAAAUGUUUGAAAAAUGCACUUUUGAUGAUCUGUUGUGAUAUUAGUACCAAGACUUUUGAAAAUGUAAAACUUGCUUGUGAAAAUUGCGCCAAAGCAAUUAAAAAAAACCUACGUGACAAAAUUCCCCAAUCAUGGUCUUGAAGUAGCUCCAACACACGUUUUGGAUGCCUCUCGUUGUCUACCAGCCAGCUGAUGGGUUGAAUCAGGUGUGUUUAAUUAUUUAUGGAGUCAUCGCCCAUAUUAUAGUGCCAGGUUUGCGAAAGACUGCUGUAGUUAUUCAUGUGAUAUACCCGGAAAAUAUAAGUAACGUCGAGUAUCAUAUCAAUACUGAUUAUAUAAUACAUCAGAGUUUGUGCAAAACAGUCCAAGAGCAUCUACUUGUACAGCUACUUUCGAAUAAUUCGCUCUACAGAGAGGAAACUUGACCAACAAUCCAGGAAAUAUUAGCCAUGAACCUGUCGCAACUUUAUGAGUGGAUUGAUAUCAAGAGUAUUUUGAUAUUUUCGUUUGUAUUUCUAUUACUGAGUGAUUAUAUCAGAAAUAAAGCACCGAAAAACUUUCCUCCAGGACCAUGGUCUUUGCCGAUUAUUGGACACAUUCAUCAUAUCGAUCACACGAAGAUUCAUCUUCAGUUUUUAAAGUUUGCAGAAAAAUAUGGCAAGAUUUUCAACAUUAGAUUUUUUGGACCAAGAAUUGUUGUGUUGGAUGGAUAUAAACUAGUGAAGGAGGUGUAUUUACAACAGGGUGAUAACCUCGCUGAUCGUCCCGUGUUACCUUUAUUUUAUGACAUCACUGGAGACAAAGGAUUAAUUGGUGCCAAUGGGUAUAAAUGGAAGCAUCAAAGGAGAUUUGCACUCUCAACUCUUCGAACCUUUGGUUUGGGAAAGAAAAGCCUGGAGCCAUCUAUCCAUUUUGAAUGUAGCUGUCUGAACGAGGCCUUUUCAAAUGAACAAGGUCGACCAUUUGACCCUCGCAUGCUGCUGAACAACGCUGUCUCAAAUGUGAUCUGUGUCCUUGUGUUUGGUAAUCGAUUCGAGUACAGUGACCAUGGCUUCCAGUCUCUGUUGAAGAACAUCAAUGAAGCUUUAUAUCUGGAAGGAAGCAUCUGGGCUCAACUUUAUAACAUGUUUCCAUGGCUCAUGCGGCGAGUGCCUGGAACACAUCACAAAAUAUUUGUUCUGUUGAACAAGGUGAUUGACUUUGUGAAAGAGAAGGUGAAUGCACACAGAGUGGAUUAUGAUCCAUCAAAUCCAAGAGACUACAUUGACUGCUUUCUUGCUGAGAUGGAAAAACUUAAGGACGACACAGCCGCUGGGUUUGAUGUAGAGAACUUGUGCAUCUGUACUCUGGAUCUGUUUGUAGCGGGAACUGAGACCACCUCCACCACUCUGUACUGGGGUCUUCUCUACAUGAUAAAAUAUCCUGAGAUACAGGCCAAAGUUCAGGAGGAGAUUGAUCGUGUUGUGGGAGGGUCACGGCAGCCAUCUUUAUCAGACAAGGACAACAUGCCCUUCACCAAUGCUGUCAUUCAUGAGAUACAGAGGAUUGGAAAUAUUAUCCCAAUAAAUGUGGUCCGGGCUGCUGUGGAAGAUACUCAGAUAGGACAAUACUCCAUCCCUAAGGGCACAAUAGUGACCGGCAGUUUGACAUCAGUGCUAUUUGAUGAGUCGGAGUGGGAGACACCUCACUCUUUUAAUCCGGGUCACUUCUUGGAUGCUGAGGGCAAUUUCAGGAGGAGAGAUGCCUUUUUACCUUUUUCUCUAGGAAAGAGAGUGUGUCUUGGGGAGCAGCUGGCACGAAUGGAGCUGUUCCUGUUUUUCUCCUCUCUGCUGCAGCAUUUCACUUUCUCUUCACCGGCGGGUGUGGAGCCCAACUUGGAUUUUAAACUGGGGGCCACUCACUGUCCCCAGCCAUAUGAAUUGUGUGCAGUGCCACGCUAAAACAAGCAACACACACUGUAAUUUUAUACAUUUCAGUAUUUUUUUAUUUAAAUCUGAAAAAAAAAAAAAAGAACCCAAAAUGUGUAUCUCUAAAAGGUGCUGGGUGCUACAUGAUGAUCUGUUUUAGCUAUUUCUUGGUUGGUUGGAUGUAGACUGGCUAGUUGGUUUAUAUAAUAAAAUUUGUUUUUACAAAUAAAUCACCAUUGGAAACAUAAAGGAUCAUUAAGAGUAAUAAAGGGAAACAAUUUAAAUCUAGCUUCUGCAUGUGCACAUCAAAUGCCAAGUUUACUCAGGGUCCCUGUGGGUCCUUAAAAAGUGUUAAAUUUACUUGUAUUAAAUUAAGUUCAUAAAAAGUCUUAAAUAUCUUAAAUUUUAUAACAAAGACCUUGAUUAUUCAUUUUAAGUGGUCUUAAAUGUGGGGACAGAAAAAACAGGAAUCAUGAUGUUGGCCUACUGUGAUAAACUUCUAAAGACUGAUUUAAUUAAAUGUGAUUGUGAGUAAUAAAUAAAUAAUGAAUAAUACAUAA